GUUUGACGAUCUCGAGAGAGAGAGAGAGACGGAGCGGAGCGGAGCGCUGAACUUGAGACCGUGUCUCGGUCACGUCUCAAGUGCUUCUCACUUUUCUCAAUUUUACUAUCGAGCGGUUUAUUUUGAUUUACCGCCUUCGGAUCGCGCUGAAGAGAAAAAAAAGUAUCCCGACUUUCUCACCGACUUGCGCGAGAGACUGCGCAAUAGAGGAACGACGAACUGAAUUCAACAUGUCAAUUUUGCCGUUCACUCCGCCGAUCGUGAAGAGGUUGCUGGGCUGGAAGAAGGGAGAGCAGAACGGACAGGAGGAGAAAUGGUGCGAAAACAAAAAAGCAGUCAAGAGUCUGGUGAAGAAGCUGAAGAAGACGGGACAGCUGGACGAGCUCGAGAAAGCCAUCACAACUCAGAAUGUCAACACCAAGUGUAUCACCAUACCACGAUCACUAGAUGGUCGGUUGCAAGUGUCUCACAGAAAAGGACUCCCUCACGUGAUAUAUUGUCGUCUUUGGCGCUGGCCUGACCUGCAGUCUCAUCAUGAGCUCAGAGCCAUUGAACUCUGUGAGUUUGCCUUUCACAUGAAAAAGGACGAGGUCUGUGUCAAUCCCUACCAUUACCAGCGAGUCGAGACACCAGUUCUUCCUCCAGUGCUGGUGCCUCGUCACACUGAAAUCCCCAGUGAGUUUCCUCCUCUGGAUGACUACAGUCACUCCAUCCCAGAAAACACCAUUUUCCCUGCCGGCAUUGAACCCCAGAGCAACUACAUACCAGAGACGCCCCCACCAGGCUACAUCAGUGAGGAUGGAGAGACCAGCGAUCAUCAGAUGAACCGCAGUAUGGACACAGGGUCUCCAAAUCUGUCACCGAACCCUGUUUCUCCUGCCCACAACAAUUUAGAUCUGCAGCCGGUGACAUACUGUGAACCAGCGUUCUGGUGCUCUAUUUCCUACUAUGAGCUGAACCAGAGAGUCGGUGAAACUUUCCAUGCUUCUCAGCCCUCUUUAACAGUAGACGGCUUCACAGACCCAUCCAACUCUGAGCGCUUCUGCCUGGGCCUGCUGUCCAACGUGAAUCGCAACGCAGCUGUGGAGCUCACACGCAGACACAUUGGCCGGGGUGUGCGUUUGUACUACAUUGGAGGUGAGGUGUUUGCAGAGUGUCUAAGUGACAGCGCCAUUUUUGUUCAGAGUCCCAACUGUAACCAACGUUACGGCUGGCACCCCGCCACUGUUUGCAAGAUCCCACCUGGCUGUAAUCUGAAGAUCUUUAAUAACCAGGAGUUUGCAGCUCUUUUAGCCCAGUCUGUGAAUCAGGGCUUUGAGGCCGUGUACCAGCUCACCCGCAUGUGCACCAUUCGCAUGAGCUUCGUGAAGGGCUGGGGAGCCGAGUACAGGCGGCAGACAGUGACUAGCACCCCCUGCUGGAUAGAACUGCACCUGAACGGUCCUCUUCAGUGGCUGGACAAAGUGCUCACUCAGAUGGGCUCCCCCUCCAUCCGCUGCUCCAGUGUGUCCUAGGAAAAAUGCUCCCUACACAUAUACAACAUAUACAGUACAAACCACAAGAUCUGGAAAAAAAGAAAGUUCUUUCAGGAGUGUAAGGCUGAAGACCUUCAUACCCACCAACCAAUUGGGUUCCACAGACUCACACAUGUGUUUGUCUCAUGUUGGAGGAGUGUAUUACAGUACAUGUAUAUAUUCGUUGUUGUUUUUAUGUUGUUGUUAGCAAUUUUUAUUGCCAUUAUUGAUAUAAUAAUUGCCAUUUAUGUUAUAUGUUGUUAUAUAGCAUGUAUAUGUAAGAUCUCUCCUCUGUCCUGUCUUUUAUGAUGCUGUGUUAGGUACAUGUUUACCAUAACAGGUAUAUGAAAGGCUUGAUUUUUUUUUUAGACAUGAAAAAAGUGCUUUUUUGUAAAGUGAAAAUAUGAAGUUUUACAUAAACUGUAUUUUUGUUAUUUUUUGAUUUUGUCAUAAUAAUGGAAACAUGGUCCAUAAUGUUUUGUAGUACAUAUCAAGAGCUCUUGAACUUCUUCCUAAAAUGUUUUUUUUUUUUUUUUUUUUUUUUUUUAAACCCAAGUUAAUCUUUUUUCAUUUCGAGUUUCCUCACAACAUUGAAUUAUAUCCUGUUUUGCCCUUGGCAUUGAAAAGUUCUUAAUAGAACAUACAUUAGCUGUUCACAAAGAAAUACACAUAUAUUAGCAAUUCACCUUUUUAAAAUUUUAAAAUAUCUCUGUUAUGUUAUGUUGAAAUGUUAGGGCCUCAUUGCACAGAUGCUGAGAGCCUGAAACUCUUCCUACAGCAGUUUUCCAGCUGUAGUGUUUUUCAUCUCUCAUCAAGCUAAGCAUGUUUGAGGACAAUAUUUGAGGAUGUUAUAACUGUGCCAGCAGUCCUCAGUGAGCUGGUGUUGAUUUCAUCUCUGUCUGCAGUGAACCGGCCGUGAAUUAUUGAGUUUUAUAGGAUCCGUCACUCUUAGAACUCCAUGUGUUGUGUCACGCUUUUAUGGUUAUUCGCUCAGUCUUUAGUGAGUUCAAGGUCUGGUGAGGUCUCUCAAUUGUCCGCUUCAGAGAAAAAGUUUCUUUGUGUGUUGUGGUAGAUUUUAAAAACUGGGCAUUACAUCAUUUUGUGCACUAAAAAGUUAGCACUUCAUAUCUCACAGCAUCGGUUGUGUCUGUGCUUACCGUAUGCACACACACACCUGCGGGUCUUCAUAUCCUCUCAUCCUCCAGAAACAAAACUGAGUGAGUGUGCCUUCGCAGCAACUUUCAUAACAGAAUUUGUAAAUAGUAUAUUGGAGACAGGCGUUCAUCCGUAUUGUUGCGUAAGUGAGUUGUGGGUUGAUCUUUUCUCAUCUGAACUUGUAAAUAUGUUUAAUAUAUUAAUUAUGCAUGCUUAUUUUCUGAAAUUCAUGCCAUUUGUACUGUAGACUCUAUUUUGCUACCAAAUAUUUUUUCAGAAGUGGGACGGGAAAGUAAAUGCUCUUACCUCUGUGUUUGAAAGGUGGGGCUUGUACCGCUGGCUGGUUUUUGUAAGGUUAACCAUGUAUUUUUAUACGUCAGAUGCUCAUAGGAUAUGGAGAAGGGCCUGAAGAAGGGAAAUGUCACAAUGGGCUUUGUGAAAGCCAGUUCAUGUACAGUACUUUCAGUUCGCCGCAGGUCAGUGUGACGCGCUUGCAAUGUGGAGCUCUUUGCAUGCCUUUUGAAAUCCUCUGUUCUCCCAAUGUGUUGUACAGGAAUCAUGGAAGAAAGUAUAGCGUUUAGGUGCAUCAUGUACUUUGCAGACAGUAGAAAAGAUGUGUGACAUCUUUGUGUGCGUAAAUGUUCAUAAGUACUGUUUGGUGAUUUAGAUGCUCUACUUUGAUAAGGUCAGAGUGUUAUUGUGUUGAAUAAUGCAUUUAAACCUCUUGAUGUCAUCCGGAAAAAGACUGAAUAGAAGGUACUGAAAUUAUUCAGGAAAUGAUUUAUUGUCCAUUUAAGCAAACAUUAAGUGUUUUCUUUGAGAGGAAAAAAAAAUCAGUUCUCAUUUUCUCAACAAAUUGUUGAAUAUAUUUUAAGUAAUGUGCAUUUAUUGUGCUUGUGUUAAUCUUUCACAUUCAGUGACGUUGUGGCUUAGUGGUGAUUUUUGUGCUUGACAUUGUUAGAUUUCUUCUUUGUACAAGUAUAUAAUCGUUAUUAUUUCUCUCCAUUUUUAAAGGUUGUCAAGAGAAAAAAAAAGUGUUUGUUAUUGUACUUUUAAUAAAUAUGUAAAUGAAAAA